CUUAUUUAAGGCUAAUAAUACGAAAAUGAGGUUAUGUCCGGGUUGCCUUCUCACUGCGGAGUUCAGUUGCUCGGAGAUUCUUCUUGCCUUCUCCUCAGAUUGGAAAUGAUGUUCCGCCAUGUGUUCUACAAGGUCAGCACAGCAAUAACAGCUCAUUCCAAGAAGGUCCAAACAUUUAAAGGAUUUUCAGGGAAGGUUGAGGAAAUGGCUCACAAAAGCAGCCAGUUUAUCACCAGUGUUCUCUUUUGCGGGCCUCAGUUUUCUGCAUCUCAAAAUUAUACAAGAGAAUAUGUGCAGAAGUAUCCUUUCAUUAAGGUUGAUGAUGUUCCACUUGAAGAUGUGCCCGUUGUAAUUGGCAACUAUGAUAUCUGUAUUGUAAAAAGCAUGAGGCUGAAUGCAGAUGUUAUUUCUCGUGCAAAUAAAAUGAAGCUUAUAAUGCAGUAUGGUGUUGGGCUGGAAGGUGUUGAUAUCGAUGCUGCUACAAAGCAUGGAAUCAGAGUUGCUAGAAUUCCAAGUGAUGCAACUGGAAAUGCAGCUUCAUGUGCUGAAAUGGCCAUAUAUCUGAUGUUGGGCCUUCUUCGUAAGCAAAAUGAGAUGCAAAUCGCUGUAAAGCAAAAAAAGCUUGGAGAGCCAGUGGGUGAAACACUACUUGGAAAAUCGGUAUUUAUUAUGGGAUUUGGUAACAUUGGGAUAGAUUUGGCAAAGCGCUUGCGCCCUUUUGGUGUCAGAAUUCUUGCUACAAAACGGAGUUGGGCCAGAUACUUGGAAGACUCGUACAAAUCUGACGCAUUGCCUACCCAAAAUGGUAACAACGGUGAUUUGGUUGAUGAGAAGGGUGGUCAUGAAGAUAUCCAUACUUUUGCAAGAAAUGCUGAUAUAGUUGUCUGUUGUUUGUCAAUGAACAGUGAAACGGCUGGCAUCAUAAACAAAAAAUUUGUGUCAUCCAUGAAAAAGGGUGCUCUUUUGGUGAAUAUUGCUCGAGGUGGUCUAUUGGACUAUGAAGCGGUUCUUAAUCACCUUAAAUCUGGUCACUUGGGGGGUUUGGGUCUGGACGUUGCUUGGACGGAGCCACUUGAUCCUGAAGAUCCAAUUUUGAAGUUCUCAAAUGUCCUAAUGACACCACAUGUUGCAGGUGUUACUGAAAAUUCUUACAGAUCCAUGGCUAAGGUAGUGGGGGAUGUAGCCGUUCAGCUUCAUGAAGGGACUCCUUUGACAGGUAUAGAGUUUGUCAACUGAGCUUAGGAUGCUGCUUACUGGUUGACCAGCCAGUAAAGACUACCGUGCUGCAACUUACUGGAUGUUACAGUAUUUACUGUGAAUAGGAUUGCUGUUCCUUUUUCCUAUUCACAGUUCGAAAGUUCUGUGCUGCUAGACAAGUAAAAUUCCAUCUGGAUUUCAUUCGUGCCUUUUGAACAUUAUCAAUGAUUGUGUCAAUUCUAUUAUGAAUCGGAAAUUCAACGCUAUACAGAUGUUGCUCGUUAACAUAAUACACGCACGCGCACACACCACACGUUGGUAACAUUUUUUUGGAGUUUAUUUUCAGAAGUCAACAAUAAUUUGUAUGCAAUUUGGGUUUUUUUUUGGGUUGAAA